AUGUGGAAAGUGGCCGGCAAAGCGGUUCCACUGAUGAAAGAAAAUGGUGUAAUCAGUUCUCGACUCUUGGAAACGUCGAUAGCUGCUGACGGCAAGUGCACGCACUUCCGUCGCAUUGUAGAACCGGCGCUUGGCUCAGUACCCAAUUUCCCACAAUUCCGUGAAGUAACGGGAGUACCCGGCGAACGCGAGCAGGAAAAAGAAGGCGAGUCCAGCGCGUAUCUUUUCUCUCCUACUUAUGCCCUGAUUAUCCACUUUUCUUACGGCGUGGGCGAAACCCCGAACGUCGAGACCACGUGUUGUACUACAUAUGAGCUGGGCCGACAUGAGUGCAAGUUGGCCUUUAUGACGAAGAAACGAAACUUUGGUCGCAAGGUGCACUCGUAUGAGAAAAUAAAAGUAUUUCGGUCGAGUGGCGCCGGAUGCGGUUAUCCGGGUGCACCGGCACACAGCAGCGUGCGUUUCACCGGCACUGACGUCGACGACGUUAUAGACGAGGAGGAUGCUCUCCUUAAGGACACCACGUUACCGGAGGGCACCGUGGCCACGUACUCCUGCGAGCGAGGAUUCGAACUCCUGGGACCAACGAGAAGAGAGUGCCAGGCCAACGGCAUGUGGAUGCCGGAGGGUGUGCCCUUCUGCGUUCUGAACGUGGCUGGCGGCAAGGCGCCGAUGCAGUCCAGCAGCGCGGAGGGCGGAAUUCCGCAACGCGCGGUCGACGGAAGCAGCGGUCAGAUUUACACGCCGCAGACCUGCACCCUGACGAGACCCGAGCGCAGACCAUGGUGGUACGUGAACCUGUUGGAACCAUACAUGGUGCAGCUGGUGCGACUGGACUUUGGCAAACCGUGCUGCAGUGAUGGCCUUCCCGGCACCAUCGUCGUCCGAGUCGGCAACAAUCGGCCAGACCUAGGAACGAAUCCCAUUUGCAACCGGUUCACCGGGCCCCUAGAAGAGGGACAGCCGCUCUUCUUGCCUUGCAAUCCUCCGAUGCCCGGAGCCUUCGUCUCGGUGCAUCUGGAGGCCGCCGCGCCCACCGACAUCCCCGUGCAACUGUCCUUGUGCGAGGCGUUCGUCUACACUGAUCAGGCUCUGCCGAUCGAGAGAUGCCCUCAAUUCCGAGAUCAACCGCCAGGAUCGACGGCAACCUACAAUGGGAAAUGCUACAUAUUUUACAAUCGCCAGCCGCUGAUAUUCAGGGAGGCCUUGGCGUUCUGCCGCGCGCGAGGCGGUACCCUCGUGGACGAGAGCAAUCCAGCUCUGCAGGGAUUCAUCUCGUGGGAGCUGUGGAGGCGACACAGAAGCGACACGUCCAGUCAGUAUUGGAUGGGCGCGGUAAGGGAUCAGAAAGAUCGGACGUUGUGGAGGUGGACCGGAAGUGGCGAGGAGGUGUCGGUCUCGUUCUGGAGCUUACCGCAGGGCACCGAGGAGGACUGCGCUCGAUAUGAUGGCAGCAGGGGCUGGCUGUGGUCCGACACACCUUGCACAGCUCGACUUAACUUCAUCUGCCAGCAUCAACCGCGAGCUUGCGGCAGACCGGAGCAGCCACCGAACUCCACGAUGAUAGCGACCACCGCGUCUGCCAGGAACCCGAGCACGUACGAGGUCGGAGCGACGGUGGAGUACAGUUGCAGCGCUGGCAGCCUCCUGAUCGGACCGGCAAGCCGUACCUGUCUCGACACUGGCUUCUACAAUGAGUUCCCGCCAGUGUGCAAAAGUAUCGAGUGCGGCUAUCCCGCGAGCAUAAAGCAUGGCGAAUACGCGCUCAUCAACAACACCGUUAGCUACCUCAGCCAAGUGCUCUAUUCGUGCGAGGAGGGAUACGAGAUGACCGGACGCGCUCGAUUGACUUGCGAUAUCGACGAGCGCUGGAACGGACCACCGCCGCGAUGCGAGCCAAUUCUCUGCGAUCCACCGACUGCUGUCGCGCACAGUUACAUCCAGAUAGAUGAGAUCGACGAGGGACAGAGUAGCCCGGUGAGGAACAACUUCAAUCGAAGCCUGCUGGUCGGCAGCAUCGUCACCUACACGUGCGAGAAGGGCUACCGGCUCGUUGGUUUCCGGCAAAUACUCUGCUUGGCUACUGGCCUGUACGAUCACGCCGCACCCACUUGCACAGAGGAGUCGCGCACAACCGUGACCAUUCCCACUCGAGCGACGAUACGUCCGUCAACUCCAAAGGUCCGACCGUACCUCACUCCGAGGAUCAGGACCACAACGACCAACGCGGCCACAGUCACGAGCUCCAGCACGACCUCUUUGCCACCUAGGAAAGUGCCUAAUGCUGCCGAGCUCCCAGCCACAGUGAGGGAGACCGUCUCGAAGAGGCCGAGCAUAGGAUUGGGCAAGAACGCGCCACCCUCGUCGGUGCUGAACGACGCCGAUCAUCCGCAGGACAACGAGAUAUCCGGCAGCGGCGUGGAUCACGCACAGGCGGGCGUCGGCGCAGCUGUGCUGGAACCGUCCGGUCCCUUCCGGGUGGACAAUGCUGAACAGCCAGCCAGCGCCCAUCAGGCCAAGCUGAAUCUGGGUGCUGUGAUUGCUCUGGGAGUGUUCGGCGGCUUUGUGUUUCUCGCCGCGGUGAUCACGACGGUUGUUAUACUUAUACGCAGAAACCGUGGAAGGAGCAGCAAGCAUUAUCGUCAUCGCGCGUCGCCGGAUUGCAACACCGUCGCCAGCUUCGACAGCAGUUCCUCGGAGAGCCGAGGUGGUCUGAACCGGUACUACCGUCAAGCCUGGGAGAAUCUGCACGAGACCACCGGUCACAAGACCAGUCAUCCGCCGCUUCGUCGUAAGGAGACCCUGGAUGAACCAGGAUACCGAGAGAACUUCCGCGGUAACAACACCGAGCGUGACGGCUCGGAACUGGUCGUCAGCGACGUCGCCGCCUACCCAUCGAGCAAGCACGCCAGCAUCUCCGACAAGAAGCGUCACCACCAUCAUCAUCACCACCACCAUGGAAGCGCGACGCCCGACUGGAGACAGUCGCAGUCCCACCAUAGAUACUAAAUGGGAUGUUGAAACUGUAGAGCGGGCGAGAGCAAGUCUUUCGUUUGGAGCCACGUGUCCGCCAGAUCGUCAUCCACGCGCUCGUGGAUGACGAUCUGUGGGAGACGUAGGGUCCGUAGGGAACUGUUUGCAAUUCGUCGCCGUCGCGGGUCAAGAGGUCUUCCUUGAACGAGGGAGCACAGCUAAUCUUCCAUUACUAAGUUGUAUCUAGGAUAAUACUUUACGCACGAGACCGAGAACGCGCGCGCGAAAAUAGCCAGGAUAGAGCCUACCGUGUAUCUCCCCGUUAUACGUCAUAAAUUAUUUAUCGUCACUCUGUUGCGAAAUGUAAAUAAAUAAAUACGCCGUAGCUUAGGAGUACGAACGAUGGAUCGUUGCUCGUCGUUGUGUGUAAGGAGGGGCGGUAGGAGCCGGUCAGAGGAAAUGCCAAAAAGCAGAAAAGUAAUAUAUAUAUAUAUAUAUAUAUAUAUAUAACAUAUACAUAAUAACGAUCAAAAACACGGAGACGCAAUAUAUAACGUAACGCAUAAAGAUAAGUACUGUAAGAUCGGGUAUCUAAUCCUUUUAAUCUAUCUGAACAUCUAUCUGAGUGAGAGGAUAUCGGACAAAAUUCGCAUCCGCUAUGGGUACCUUGGCCUCGCUUUACAAAAAUUACUACGAUUCCACAGAAAAACAGGAUACUGCGCACGGGUAUCGUUAAGGGAAGGCCGAUGUUAUCCAUUUAGGAAAUAAAAAAAUACCGUGGUAACUGUAUAAUAAUACGCAUACGCGAGUAAACGAGGAUACAGAGGCACACGGACUUCAUCAGAGUACAUGAGCACCUCAUGAAUU